AUGGGCUUUGGAGCUUCUGGUUCGGCAACGAAGGAGUCGGGAUUUCUGUGCAUCAGACCCCGGAGAUUAGCAAGGCAAUGUUUGCGCUGCUUUGCCCCAUGCUGCAACCUUGCCUUGGACUGCGUGGAUGUGGCUUUGCGGGUCAUCGGGCCGCUGUUCGUUCUGCUCGCGCUCACGUUGAUAUGCUUUGUCAUGUACACUUUCUUCACGGUCUUGAUUCCGUAUCGAGCCGAUUCCGGCACGGCCUCGAUCCAGUUGCUGCUUGAAAUGGCUCUGGGAUGCUUCCUGCUGGUCAACAUCUUCUACAACUAUGCCAUGGCCACGUGCCUCUCUCCGGGGGAGCCCCCGGACUUCCCAGGUGAAGUGCUGGAGAGCAAGGAUGCCGAGCUGGGUGGCGACUACGCCCCGGCUCCCAAGCAGUGCCACAAGUGCUUGAAGCUGAAGCCCCCGCGUGCGCACCACUGCAGCGUCUGCAAAAGGUGCGUCUUGAAGAUGGACCACCACUGCCCCUGGAUCAACAACUGUGUCGGGUUCAACAACUACCGGUACUUCUGUCUCUUUAUGCUCUUCUUGGCCAUGGGCUGCCUCUACUAUGCCUUCCUCGGCUACUCGCUCUUCCUUCAGACGAUGGUUCCCGCAAGGAAGAGGACUGUGCGGCUCAAGUUCGAGGACGUCCAGUGCGUCACGCUCUCCUGGCUGAUCAGCGUCUGCAUCUUCUGCGCGCUUUGCCUCUUGGGUGGCUUUCACAUGUAUCUGGUGCUGACAAAUCAGACCACCAUCGAGUUUCACCUGAACAUGGCCGGCCGGCAGAUCGCGCGCAAGCGCGGGGAGGUGCACAGGAAUCCCUACGACCUUGGCAUGAGCCGCAACUUCCAGCAGGUGUUCGGGCCGAACCGAUUCUUGGGCUUUCUGUGGCUCCUGCCCUACGUGGCAAGGAGGCCUACAUCAAGUGGGCUCGAGUAUCCGACGGUGUCUGAUUUCCGCGCUUGA